AGAACAAGUGAGGGCAACACUACUUUGUAGUUUUCUGAUGAGUAUUUAAGAAAAAACGCUAAAAAAGGCUUGCUGCAAACACAUUUUUUUAAAACAAAUUCAAAAAGAAACUUAAUAAAUUUAUAAAUUGUUAGGAAAUAUAGAGAAAUCCAUUAGAAAUGGAUACAGAUUCGGAAUUUCUGGAAAACAUUAAGGCCUGCCGUACUUGCGGCAUACACUAUGUAACACCAAGCAAUCAGCAGCUUAAGCAUCUUUUUGAGUCACCCCUGGAACAUUCAGAAAUCAUGUUAAUACGUUUAGAAUUGGCCCAGUGGAAUAUUGAGGUGACUGAAAACGAUGGUUAUCCACAGUUUGUCUGCAAUACUUGUAUACACAAAUUUGAGCAAGUGUUUGAAUUGCGAGCUGCUUGCAUUAAUGCUCAAAAUGAAUUUCGCAAAUUUUACAAUGUGCCAAACGGUAGUCUCGCCAAUGUUAAAAUCAAAACCGAAUUGCCGGAUGAGGCGAAUGAAGAGCAAACUAUUUGCGAUUUUAUAUAUGUCGAUGAUUUGAGUGAUACGGAAUAUGAUGGUGCAACACCCUUUAACAUACCUCAUGUACCCAUUAAAGAAGAAGUUAUAGAGGCAGCUACCAUACCGGCAGAAGUAACACAACAAUCCACUAAUAUAGUAGAAUCUGCCACGGAAGUUGUGCCACAAACUUUGCCUUCAUCCUCUCAAAUAACACAGCUAGUGUUACAAAAUGAAAGUGUAGCUGAGCCUAGUGUUCCCGCACAGCAACAAGUUGAAUGCAAACUAUGCCAGCAUCUUUCUCCCGGCCAGGAAGAUCAUAAACAGCACAUGCAACGUGCUCAUGAAAUCAGGGAUAUGGAUUGUCAUAUUUGUGGCAAGCAAUUUAAAAAUUCUACCCCGGCACGUCUCAAAUUCCACAUGAAAUGGCAUACACUCAAUAAACAUGUCAAGUGUACAUUGUGUGGUUUUGUGUGCAGCUCCAAAGAUGCUCUAAGAGAACACAAACGUGCAAAUCAUGGCAAAAUUAAUUGUAAAAUAUGUGGAAAAGGUGUUUUGGCAAGGAAGAUGAAAUCACACUUACGUCAACAUGAGCUACUAACGAAAUAUUCCUGUGAAUAUUGUCAGGAAGUCUUCUCAACUGAAGAUGAAAGAGAAAAUCAUAUUUGGCAAAUACAUGCAAAUGAAGAUGACAAUCACGUAACCAAAUCAACGAUGAUCAUACAAACGUCACAUGCACCUAGUGCACAAGAAACAAGUCAUAUUAUAUAUGGGGAACAACAGGAAGAUGAACAAAUGUGUCAAGAACCGGAAGACAAUAUAAUCAAUUAUAAAUUUCUUUGUGCCCAUUGUAAUCAGGGAUUUGUGGAACAAAUUGAUUUGGAAACACAUGUCAAUGAAGAACAUCGUGCUACUACUCACAUAACAGGCCCUAUAACAGCAACUGCAAGUCACAAUGAGGAGUCAACAAUAAAUAAUACUCUUGUAAUGUCUGCACCUGAACAAAAUGAUGAUGUUGACCAUACAAAUAUAACAGUUUUUGAAGAUUAUGACAAUGAUACUGAUAUACACGAUACUCAAAAUACUAACAUUUCCUCCGUUACACAAACUGAACACAUGGAUCAUGAAGAAGAAACUCCACAAGAAACAAAUACCGAUACACCUGAAGAAUAUCAUACAGAAACAGCUUUAAAUAACACAACAACAGAUGACGAGGAGGAGGAGGAGCAGGAAGAGCAAGACGAUGAACAUGCUGCAGAAACUUUGGCUAAUGUUCCUCCUGCUCAUAUUGAAAAUAGUUUUAAUACAUUUGCUUGUGCUAAAUGUUCCGAAACAUUUGCCACCAUUGAACAAUUGCGUCAACAUUAUGAUCAGCAUUUGUCCACCGAACAGCAAGAACAGUCACCGAAAACUACACCCACUAAAUCACAAUUUAAAUGUAAUUUAUGUGGAAAAUCAUUUGAUUUAAAAUUUAGUCUUAAUCGUCACGUUAAAAAACACAAAAAUGCUCCAGUUUAAAACGACCAUCAUAUUACUAGUAUUCCAUUAUAUGUACAUAUAUGUGUAAUGUAUAUUAAUCAACGUCUUCAUUAGCACAACACAUUCUUCAGUCGUAACACUUACAUACAUAUAUAAUGUAUUUUGUUGUAAUAUUUUUAUAUUUUAGGAUUUUUUCUUUUAAGUUCUUUACGCGUAGUUUAACAAAUACAUAUUUUUCAUU